UUGAUACUUUGAGUGUGUUUUUCCGUGGAAAGUUAUCAGCGUACAUGACCGAAUUUGGCCGGUUGGUUCUGCUAAUUGGUGACUACCACACACCACAAAGGAAGGCUGAUGUCCCGUCAUGUUUCAAGGAGUUACUGAAUACCGACAAGAUUGGCAUGGUUUUAUGCACUGGAAAUGUUGGAUCGCAGUCUGUCGCAGAGCAUCUCCGAACCAUUGCCGGCGAGGAUUGUCACAUUGUUUGUGGGGAUGCUGACCAUGAUUUCAACUUUCCAGAGACAUGCGUCACAAACGUUGGAGACUUCAAAGUUGGUGUGGUUCACGGCCAUCAACUCGUGCCUUGGGGUGAUGACAACUCCCUAGUGAAAUUUGCCGGAAGACUUGGAGUCGACAUUCUUGUGUCAGGCCACACGCACAGGUGGACUCAUGCUACGGCUAUGGUUAAAUGGGGAGAAUCAGUGCACAGGAACAGCAUCGUGGAGCUUGGAGGAAAGUUCUUGAUCAAUCCUGGUUCAGUUACAGGUGCUUGCAAUGCAGUGGGGGAGUUUGAUAUUACGCCGUCCUUCAUGUUGAUGGCCGUGCAGGAGAAAUCAGUGGUCCUUUACACUUACGAGUUGAAAGAAGGCCAAAACGAACCUGAAGUGAAAAUGAAUGAGCUCAAGCGAUGACAAGGAUGUCAAGAGUUUGGGGUUGAUUGAAUAUCAAUGCCCGACUUGCAAUUUGCGUACAGUCCUGCACUGGAUGGAGUUGGUGAAUGCCGCAAGAUACUGCGCAUUGCAAGAGCUUUGCCGGAAGGUCAA